AUGGCCUGCAUGUGCGGCGUGCCGGUGGAGGUAAGGGCGACGGUAAUCCCGAUCGUCAUCUACUGGGUCUACUCUGGAUUGUACAUGGCGUUGGAAUACACGGGCAAGUAUCAGCUCCGACGGCGGCAAGACGGCGGCGACAAGAACUUGGCCUCCAAGCGGCAAGUGUUCUUCGGGGUCCUCAUCCACCAGGCGUUCCACGCCGCCAUCUCAGUCUACCUCUUCAAGGUAAUCCUGCUACCAGAGCCAUUUAUUUGAUUAUCCGUUUCUCUCUCUCCCCCCCUUUCCCCCCUUUUCCCCCUUUUCCCCCCAGGGUUGACCCCCUUCCCCGCCGCCUCCGCAGAUGAUAAACCCCGGUUGCGCCGCCUCCACGAACCAGCCUCGCCUCAAGAUCUUCGGGAGAUUGGUGGCGGCGCUGCUGGUUAUGGACACAUGGCAGUACUUCCUGCACAGAUUGAUGCACGCCAAUAGCUUGCUCUACCGCUACUCGCAUUCCAAGCACCACCGCCUGGUGGCGCCGUACGCCUUCGGGGCGCUUUACUACCACACACCAGAAGGGCUCCUCCUCAACACCGCCGGCGGCUUCGUGGCCAUGGCCGUCACCGGAAUGCCUCCCUGCGCCGCCAUGGUCUUCUUCUCCCUCGUCGCCAUGAGGACGGUGGACAUCCACUGCGGGAUGUGGGUCCCGUGGCACCCGCUGAACCUCCUCUUCAGCAACAACACCGCCCACCACGAGCUCCACCACCAGCCCGACGGCAGCGAUUUCAACUUCUCGCAGCCCUUCUUCGUCUUCUGGGACAGGAUCUUGGGAACCCAGUUGCCGUACACCGUGGGGAAGGCGGAAGGAGGAGGAUUCGAUCUGAAGGUGACUAAGAAGGCUUAG